UUGGGGUUUGUUUGAGAUGAACCCAUUUCUCUUGAAGAUGAGAACAAACCCGAGAAUAACUUGUUCGAAGAUUUACUUGGUUCUCAUGAUUUUUAAAUUAUAAAUUGUUUGUGUUAGCAUUUAUAAAAGAAUUAAAACUGUUUUCUAAUUUUCUGUACAAAUUACAAAACAUUGUGAGACUGUUUUUAAAACACCAUUAACACACGUUUGGAACGCAACCUAAACUGAAUACAAUGACAGGUCACAAAAUGCCGCUACACCAACACACAGAUGCAUGAAGACGCUCUCGUUAUAUUGAUCACAGUAUUGGCAAACAUUUAUUUCUUUUUUUGAGUAAAAACUUGUAAAAUUCUUGACAAAUUCCAGUCAAAGCAUAAACAAUCUGCUGAAAAUCAAUUAAACUUCAACGACUAGAUUAUACAUAUAGUGAAAUUCAGUUGCGAUUAUAAUGGCAGCGCAAAUUGCUGGAGUGUUUGAGCCAGUGCUUCAGCAAAAGGUUACUGAAAGCAAAAUUUUGGUAGUCGGUGCUGGCGGAAUUGGUUGUGAAGUAUUGAAGAAUCUUGUAAUGUCUGGAUUUUCCGACAUUGAAAUCAUUGAUUUGGAUACAAUUGAUGUCAGCAAUUUGAAUCGACAGUUCUUGUUCCAUAAGGAGCACGUUGGCAAGUCAAAAGCUGAAGUGGCGCGAGAAAGUGCUUUAGCUUUUAAUCCAAAUGUUCAAAUUAAAGCAUAUCACGACAGCAUUACCACAACAAAUUAUGGCGUCGGCUUUUUUCAAAAGUUCAAUUUGGUGUUGAAUGCAUUGGACAAUCGCCAGGCUCGUAAUCAUGUAAACCGUAUGUGUUUGACGGCCAACGUUCCGCUCAUUGAAAGUGGCACAGCUGGCUACGAUGGUCAAGUGGAGUUAAUCAAAAAAGGUAAAACGCAGUGCUAUGAAUGCACACCAAAGCAAGCUCAAAAAUCGUUCCCCGGUUGCACCAUUCGAAACACGCCAUCAGAGCCGAUUCAUUGCAUUGUUUGGGCAAAACAUUUGUUCAAUCAACUCUUCGGCGAACAUAACGAAGAUGAAGACGUCGCACCUGAUCGAGAAGAUCCCGAAGCAGCUGGUGAAGCUGCAGGAGCUACAGCAUUGGCAAAUGAAUCGAAAAAUGAUGGAAAUGUUGAGCGUAUUAGCACUCGUCAAUGGGCCCAAGAUACAAAAUACGAUGUCGAAAAGAUUUUCAACAAAUUAUUUUAUGAAGAUAUUAAAUAUUUGCUGAGCAUGUCUGAUUUGUGGAAGAAGCGUACACCACCAACACCAUUGAAAUACGGUGAUUUCGAUGAUGAUGUCAAUUCAUCAACUGAAUUUAACUUAACGGGAAGUAUUCGUGAGCAAAAGGUGUGGACGUUACGUGAAUGUCAAAGUGUUUUCGCAACCAGUUUGGCUGAACUAGAGAAGGAGUUCUCGAAGUUGGCAGUUGAUGAUCAUUUGGUGUGGGACAAGGAUGAUAAAGCAGCCAUGGAUUUUGUGGCCUCUUGCGCAAAUGUGCGAGCAAAAAUAUUCAAUAUACCACAAAAAAGUCGCUUUGAAAUUAAAUCAAUGGCUGGCAAUAUUAUUCCCGCGAUUGCCACCACAAAUGCAAUCACCGCUGGUAUCGUUGUUAUGCGUGCAUUCAACGUUCUUCAGCAGCAAUAUGAGCUGUGUCAAUCGGUUUAUGUUCGUUUACGUUUGAAUCCACGAAAUCAAAUAUUCGUGCCAGACCGCGAAUUGAUGGCACCAAAUCCAAAGUGUAUUGUGUGUUCUGACAAACCGCAAGUUGUUGUGAAAAUCGAUACGAAUCGUGUUUCUAUCAAACAGUUCCGAGAUGAAGUCCUGGUAAAAUCAUUGAAUAUGAUUGAACCGGAUGUUAUAACCGAAGGAAAAGGUUUGGUGCUGAUUUCCUCGGAAGAAGGGGAAACGGAUUGCAACAACAGCAAAAAGCUAUCCGAAUUGGACGUAGUGGAUGGUUGCAUUCUAAAAGUUGACGAUUUUGUUCAACAAUAUGAGCUGACCGUCAUCAUUGCUCACAAGGAAGUCGAACGUGAUGACGAUUUGUUUGAAAUUUUAGCCGAUCCUGAUUCUCUCAAAGCAGAAGCUCAAGCCGAGAAAAAAGAAGAAGAAACUCCAAAAGAACAAGAUAAUGGUGAACCGAAAGCAAAAAAAGCUCGUCAUGAACCAAAAGAAGAUAGUGACGAUGACUUAUGCAUUGUUGAAGAUAAUGAAAAUGAUGCAAAUCGCCCAACUACAUCUGCUGCUGGAUCAGCUGAUCAAAAUUCACAAUCAAAACAGCGAAUAAUAUCGUCGUCAUCUACAGCAGUGGAAAAAACAACAAAAACAACUACAACAUCCAUUGAUGAUGACGAUGACAUAUGCAUUUUGGAAGACGAAAAUCAAAAAGAUGCACCAAGCACUUCAUCUGAAAACCGUAACAAACGUCCCCGCGUAGAGAAAAAGAAAGAGGAUGACGAUUUCAUCGUCAUUGACAGUGAUUAAAAUGUUCCAUCAAAGUAACUACACAUAGGGAGUGGUUGAGUUUUUUGGUCUCCACACAAAUUUUGUCCGAAAAAAUAAAUUUUAUUUCAGAUAUCUUAAUUUUGGAUUAUUUUUACGAAAAAAAAACCAUUGUACCAAAAAUCUCAAUCAUUCUUCCCUGUGUGUACGGAAAUAAUCCUUCAAAUCGUUACUAUUUUUCAAACAUAUAAAAAUGUAACUUGAAACACACAAAAAGAAAUAAAAAAAAUCUUCUAUUCAUAUA